UGAAAAAUUGAAUUCAAAUCAAUUUUGUUUAAACUUGGAAAUUAGCCGUUUAACGUACCAAAAUAAAAUUGAUUGGCAACACUAAAAUCAAUUGUCAGAAAUAAAUUGUUUUUAUUGCUGUGGUUGUUAGUGUAAAAAAUUUAAAUUUUUUCGAAAGAAGUUAUAAAAUAUGUUGCGUAAAAUUAGUAGUUUAAAUUAUCCCAGGGGAUAUCUACCGUAUUGGUUAGGCAAACGAAAUGCAUCUAAUGCAGGUGGGUCAUCUGGAGGUAAACCGCCAAAGAAAGAAAUUUUUAACCAUUCUGAUUUGCCUAUAAUUGACUAUGAGGAUCCGGAUUAUUUACCCUUGCCAGAGUACCCAAUGAGACCGAAUGAGCCGCUCGAUGUACGCAAACAACGUUUAAUCUACCAAUCGCGUAAACGUGGUAUGCUUGAAAAUGACUUGUUACUCAGUACAUUUGCGGCUAAGUAUUUGAAGGACAUGGAUGCGGAGCUUACAGCACAGUAUGAUCAGUUAAUUAAUGGUGUUUCAAACGACUGGGAUAUAUUUUACUGGGCUACGGGAGUUAAACCUACUCCUCCAGAACGUGAUAAUGAAAUUAUGCGUAUGUUGAAGGAGCAUGUAGCCAAUGCAGAACGUGAUAAACGUUUAUGGCAGCCUGACUUGUGAAUUGUGUCUUAAAUUCCUGUAUAUUCACAAAGAAAUGUUUUGUUUCAUAUAAA